CGUGAAUCGUGCGUGAGUUUUACAAGAUUCGUGGUGGGAUCUGGUCACGACGUUUGACUUCGCGGAGAUCAAGUGGUGCAGUACCGUUCGAAUCACUCGAGGCGAUCAUUUCAAAUUCGCGUUUUCAACUGUUCUCUGUUUAACCGCGGCGAAAGAAUCAUGGCGUUCACUAUGAGGAACUUAGGGUUCGGAGUAUUGGUCGUGGCUUCUUUAACGCUUCUGACGCACGGUUACCCCACUGGGGCCCCGGUGGAUGUUUGCGCGAUGUCGGAUGGCGAACCUCAUCAUGGCACGGCGGUAUCGCAACCCGCGAAUACGAGCCCUUACACGUUUACUGCAUCGUCCUCCGAAUACAGCCCGAACUCCCAGAUAACUGUGACGAUUAGCGGUGCGCCGUUCAAGGGUUUCCUCAUUCAGGCACGUGACAAGGAGACGGGCAGCUGGAUCGGUUCCUGGGAGAAGACCGAUCAGACCAACACCCACCCUGAGUGCAGUGCCGUGACACACGCCGAUCCUCACGUGAAAGAAGAGGCCACCUUUAUCUGGACUGCACCUCCGAAGGGUCAGGGCCACGUGGAGUUCACAGGAACCAUCCUGAAAGAGUACUCGACGUUCUGGUCCAAACUGGUAGCCACGGUAAACCACUAAAUGUUUCCACAGCUACUUUAAGCUCGAACGGAGUUGCUUUCAACAUGAGAAUAUUGUGAUUUCUCGUGGAUGCGAGAAGC